AUGCCUAACCGUAAAAAACCAUUUAGUGGCAAAGCCAAGAAAGCGCAAUUACAAGCAAAAAAGUUACGCAAAACCGCCCAAGAACAACGCGAAAAUUACUAUGCUAAAAAAGCAGAAUCGGAGGACACAGCAGCAGAUCAACGUGGGGGAUUGUCUCAAUCGUUUGUCAAAGCAUCGGCACCAGCUUUACCCACAAGUUAUUCGUUGGAUGGCCGACGCGGUGGCAGCAGUACCGGAUCGAGAAAGCUUGUAUCCAUGUUUGAGAAAUUAUCGGGCGAAGCUGUUGAACGCUCACGGCUACGGAGCAUGAAACCUUUCGAGCGGUUGCCACAGACUGCAUUGGAAAUUGGCGUCGAUUCGUUUUCAGAAUCCAUCGAUUUUCCCAAGCGACCUUCAUGGAGCUAUGGCAUGAGUAAAGAACAAGUAGAAGCGGGAGAAACCCAAUACUUUGAAAAUUGGGUCAAAGAUAUCUAUGCAAAAUACGGUGACGAUGAGCGCGGGCAAUUAAGCUGGUUUGAACAUAAUCUGGAAGUUUGGCGGCAAUUAUGGCGUGUGCUGGAAAUAAGUGACAUUGUGCUUGUUGUUAUGGAUAUUCGACAUCCACUCUUGCAUUUUCCACGUGCAUUGUAUGAAUAUGUCACGAAGGAUUUGAAACGCAAAAUAGUCGGUGUUUUUAAUAAGGUGGACCUAGUGUCUGAAUUUACCCUGUUUGCAUGGACGAAAUACUUUGAGGAGCAGUUCCCCGAGCUACAUAUUGCAUCUUUCAGCUGCUAUCCACGUGAUGAAAAACUGAUCGAUGAUACCAAAACAUAUGCUCUCAAGAUGCGUGCAAAAAGACCACGUGGACGAUACUAUCGCGCUCACGGUGUACGUGCCAUACUGGAGGCAUGCAAGGAUGUUAAGCUGGAGAAACAAGGCUUGGAUGUGGAUUGGGAAGGCUUAUUGGCUCGAUUUGACAAAGACCACCAUGCUUCUUCGUCAGCCAAGUCGGAUGACGAUGAUGAUGAUAUUGAUGAUGAAGGAGAUGAUGACGAUAGCGAUACGGGUAGUAUGGUCGGUUUAGAUGAUGAAUUCAGUCGGAUCAUGGACAUUUCGACGGAGCAGGUAGUUCCACACAAGGAAUAUGUUACGCUAGGUCUCGUGGGUCAUCCAAACGUGGGCAAAUCGUCGUUGAUCAACAGUAUAAUGCAGCGUACAGUAGUCAGUGCGAGUCGUACGCCAGGUCAUACAAAGCAUUUCCAAACCAUCCAUCUAUGCGAAAAUGUCAGACUGUGUGAUUCACCUGGCCUUGUUUUCCCCACUUUACUGCCACGUGCGCUCCAGGUGUUAUCGGGGAUGUAUCCUAUCGCGCAAGUACAAGAGCCAUAUAGCGUUGUUCAAUACCUAGCGGAGCGGGUACCCGUGGAAAAGAUUCUAUCUUUGACCCCACCGGAUUUGGAGAACGCAUUAUCGCACAAGUGGUCAGCCUGGUCUAUUUGUGAAGCAUAUGCGAUCCAACGAGGAUUUUUCACCGCACAAGCGGCCCGGCCAGAUGUUUAUCGAGCUGCAAAUACGAUUCUACGGUUUACUACAGACGGGCGGAUUCUCAUGUCUUUUAAACCAGUGGGCUUCUUUACCACGAGCAAAUAUGAGAAAUUACGCGUUCAAGAAGCGGAUAAACAGCAACAACGUCGCCGUCGGGAUGACAGUAGUCAAGGUGAUGCAUCAUCCGAUGAAGACGACGAGUCUGGCGAUGAUAACGGUAGCAAGAAUCGAAUUGAUAUCCAAGGUGGCGCGUUUGCACUUUUAGCUGAUGAAUCAGACGUGUAA